CUCGCUCUCUCUCUCUCUCUCUCGCGCUCUCUCUCGCUCUCUCUCUUUCGCUCUCUCUCUCGCUCGCUCGCUCCUACCGACCGCGUACAUCAAGGCGAAAGAGGAGCGCUCAUUCCACCACACAGCAGUCCUCCAUGGCUAUGUGCAACGGCGACAGCAAGCUGCAGAUUGGCAGCGUGGAGCAGAAUGGGUCACAUGAGGGAGCUGUGGCCAUCCUGGAUGCUGGUGCCCAAUAUGGCAAAGUCAUUGACAGACGUGUGCGUGAGCUGUGUGUGCGCUCAGAGAUCCUGCCAUUGGAGACACCGGCCUUUGCGAUUAGAGAACAAGGUUACAGGGCAAUCAUCAUUUCAGGGGGCCCUGCUUCUGUGUAUGCAGAGGAUGCACCAUGGUUUGACCCUGCAAUAUUCACUAUAGGAAAGCCUGUCCUGGGGAUUUGCUAUGGAAUGCAGAUGAUGAACAAAGUUUUUGGCGGAACAGUUCACAAGAAAUGUGUGAGGGAAGAUGGGGUGUUCAGUAUUGGAGUGGACAACACUUGCUCACUGUUCAGAGGCCUUCAGAAGGAGGAGGUGGUUCUUCUGACUCAUGGAGACAGUGUGGAUAAAGUCGCUGAUGGCUUUAAAGUGGUGGCCCAAUCAGGAAACAUCAUUGCAGGUAUUUCUAAUGAGCAGAAGAAGCUGUACGGUACUCAGUUUCACCCCGAGGUUGACCUGACAGAGGGUGGCAUGGAGAUGCUUCGCAACUUCGUCUUUGAGAUUGCAGGAUGCACAAGUAACUUUACUGUCCAGAACCGCCAGCAAGCCUGCAUCAGUGACAUCAGAGAAAAAGUCGGCACGUCCAAAGUGUUGGUGCUGUUGAGCGGUGGCGUCGACUCAACUGUGUGCACUGCCCUUCUCAACAAAGCUUUGAACCAGGACCAAGUGAUUGCGGUUCACAUUGACAAUGGCUUUAUGAGGAAGAGAGAGAGCCAGAGUGUCGAGGAGGCCCUCACCAAAUUAGGCAUCAAACUUAAAGUGGUGAAUGCCUCACACACUUUCUACAAUGGGACAACAACACUUCCCAUCUCAGAGGAGGACAGAACACCUCGGAAACGGAUCAGUAAAACCCUGAAUAUGACCACCAACCCUGAAGAGAAAAGAAAAAUAAUUGGGGAUACUUUCGUCAAGGUGGCAAAUGAGGUGAUAGGAGAGAUGAAUCUAAAACCAGAAGAGGUUCUCUUAGCCCAGGGCACCCUGAGACCUGAUCUCAUAGAAAGUGCCUCUCAUCUUGCCAGCGGGAAGGCAGAGGUCAUCAAAACACACCACAAUGACACCGAGCUCAUCCGCAAACUCAGAGAUGAGGGAAAAGUAAUCGAACCGUUGAAAGAUUUCCAUAAAGAUGAGGUUCGAGCCCUCGGGAGAGAAUUGGGCCUACCAGAGGAGAUAGUCUCGCGACACCCUUUCCCCGGUCCUGGCCUUUCUAUCAGAGUCAUCUGUGCAGAGGAGCCAUACAUCUGCAAAGACUUUGCUGAAACCAACAAUAUCCUCAAAAUUGUUACAGACUUUUCUGCUAGCGUCAAAAAGCCUCAUACCUUGCUACAGAGAGUCAAGUCGUGCAUAUCAGACGAGGAGGAAGAGAAACUCAUGCAGAUCACCAGCCUUCAUUCACUCAAUGCCUUCCUGCUGCCCAUCAAAACUGUUGGCGUCCAGGGAGAUUGCCGCUCUUACAGUUAUGUGUGUGGCAUCACAAGCAAAGAAUCACCUCACUGGGAAUCUCUCAUGUUCCUGGCCAGACUUAUCCCUCGCAUGUGCCAUAGCAUCAAUAGAGUUGUCUUUGUAUUCGGUUCCCAUGUGAAGGAGCCACCAAUAGACAUCACUCCCACUUUCCUGACCACAGGCGUUCUCGGCACCCUCAGACAGGCUGACUUUGUUGCUCAUUCUAUCCUCAGAGAGUCUGGAUACUCGGGAAAGAUCAGCCAGAUGCCGCUCAUCCUUACCCCGCUGCACUUUGAUCGUGACCCACUGCAAAAGCAGCCAUCCUGCCGACGCUCUGUCGUGGUCCGCACGUUUAUCACCAGCGACUUCAUGACUGGCAUCCCUGCCACGCCGGGGAACCAAAUCCCAGAGGAGGUGGUGCUGAAGAUGGUCAACGAGAUCAGAAAGAUCCCAGGUAUCUCUAGGGUCAUGUAUGACUUGACCUCCAAGCCACCUGGCACCACAGAGUGGGAAUAAAAAAAAAAAAGAGAAACAUGAAAGUGAUAGUAGACAGACACAAACACACACACACACAUCCAUGUAUACGCAAACACACACGCAGCACAGAAGUCAUCAGAGAAGGCCAGGGAACUCGUUCCGACCUUUCAUCUCCCCCGUACACCCCUUCUCCCCAUUUUCGUCAACAUUCCCAUGGACAACAGACCAGGCUGUGAUUGGCGUUUUUUUUGCCCUUGUCUUAAUUUUGGCGACAGGGAUUGAUUAUAGAUUUUUUUUUCGUCCACGUUAAAAAAUUAGUUUAAAAAAAAAAAUGGUUACCCUCUGUUGUGAGUCAGUCAUCACAAUGGAGUGACAGGAUGCUGUGAACAUUCAAGACGGUCGACUUGAGGUGCAUCGCGUGGUGAACUUCGAAAACUAAUGUCUUGAGAAGAGUGGAAAGAGGGUUUGUUCAUCCACCUGCCCUGCCGCAUUGUUUCAAAGUUGUCUAACUGUCAUGGGUCUGAAUAUGUUCAUCCACUUAUUUUCACCUACCUGUAUACUGUGCUCUGAGGACGGUUGCCUGUCUGAAGUGGAUCUGAACUGACAACCCUGUGUGACCAAUUACCAUUGUGUAAGCCGCUCUCUUUUGCCAAAAGUAGAUGCUGUUGUCCUUGGUGCCUCCUGGUGGUCAUUAUGGAGAACUGUUAACCUGACUAUCAUAGCAAGUGUGAAGCUGUGCAGGAGGCCAAACUUGUGGGUAACUUUAUGUGCCUGUUUUUUUCGUUUUGUUUUCCUUUCUCUAAUGUGACCAGUUCUGGACUGAUAUUUCCAGAAUAUAGUAUAACGCUUUUCAUUAUGUAUGCUUUUUAAACAAUAAGUACAGAGUUCAUUAUACUUAAUCACUUAUAGAUUGCGGUUGUCUUUUGCUGCUCUUGUGUCGAACAAGAGUGCGUCUUUGCACAUUUGUUGCUUUUUGAACGUAAAGCCUUCAAGCUUUAUCAACAGAACCCAGUCAUGGGAGGUGUGGCCAUAUCAAAUGCUUCACUUUGUGUGUUUCCAGCUACAUUUUAAAUUUCUAUUCUGAAUUGACAGCUACUUAAAUCUUGCCGUCUAACUGAGUUGGAACAAAAAGUCAUGAUCAAGCGGUUUGUGCCUCUAAUUUUAAUGGCAAUGUUACCCUAAUGCAAAUGGUUUGACACAAUUAAGUGUUUCUUUCUGUCUCUCAUCCGCCUUCUGAUGUAUUUUUGUCAAAUUCCUCCAUGGGGGAAAAGUAGCUUGAUAUCUUAAACUUAAUUUUGUAGUUGAAUUAAAUUGCAAUAUUCACAUUAAGUUAUGCAAUUGUAUGUCUCAUGGCUAUAUUUUGAUGUCAUCUUGCUCAUUCUUUUUUGGUAAUGUGCCUCAAACCAAGCUACUGCAUGCAGUUUCAACAACAAAUGAAAUUUAUACAAAAACUGAGCUUUAAUAAAGAUCUCCAUGUUCAAACGUC